UUUGUUCCAGCUUUACGGAUUCGAGUUGGCUUCUCCAGCAUGUUGUAUAGAUAUGACAUUGGCCAGUGAAUAACAGCAUAAGUUACUGAAGCAGUGUAGAAAGUCACUCAGUCCCCUUUGGGUGUGAACCUUACAGACUAGAGAGUGUGACAGCUGCGCAGUGGAAACAACCCACCCCUUAAGAGAAAAGGAAAGUCCUUUCCAGCACUUGCACAGAAGAUUGAAGCCUUGAAGAAGUCAAAAGAAGCGCAAGUGAACUUUAUAGAUAUCGGUCUUGUAUUGUUUGCUGUCUCCUUUUCAGAUGCAGUUUUUUCGGUGACCGUUUCUGUUGUAUUAAAGCGACUAUAAAACAAUGGAGAAUGGGCAAAGUCGUCUCCGUCAGGCCCAGGAGGGUGUGGAGGAAGUGAAGGUUAUCAUGCUUGAUAACCUGAACAAGGCUGACGAGCGUUCAGGAAAACUUGGGGAGCUAGAGAACAGAGCUGAUCAACUACUGGAGAAGAGCAAAGCUUUCUCAAAGACCUCGACUAAGGUGAAACAGAAGAAGCGUUGGGAGAAUUCUAAAUAUAAAUUGAUAAUAGCAGCAGUGGUAGCUGCAGUGAUCCUCAUCAUAAUUGUGGCUGUGGCUAUAAGUUUGAGUAAGGACAGUAUGAGCACAACCACAGAAGAAUCAGAAGCACUAGGGAAUGGCUAGAAGAUCAGACAAAGAGGAAGAGUGAUCUUUAAGGGGUUCUUAAAAUGCCUCAAGGUGUCAGAUUAUUUGUGAGACACUUCUGUGAAAGUAAAAAAAAAAAAAAAAAAAAAAAAAAA